CUGGAAAAAGACCCCACAGACAACAAAGAAAAGUGUCCUCUUUAGGGACGAGCAAGUUAACAAACGGGUAUAGAAUAUCCUCAUUAUCAUCGUGAAUCGUCAUAAAGUUCUAAUGUCGCUGACUCAUGCUCUCCACCACCGGGAGCAAAGCUUCAUAACUUAUUCGUCGCGGAAAAGCUAAUUGGUGGAGUUCUAAUUAUCAUAAUCUGCCCUUUUUGUUGUUGGAGUGAAGUGAAAGGAAAAAGAUUGGAAACUGGUGAUUAUUGCCUUGUGUCUAACCUCGUUUUGUGUUCAGGGAGCUACUCACACAGCUGGAGCGCCAACCACAAAUUGGAUAUAUGGGGGUUAACAAGCCGAAGGAACGGGACAAGGAUCUAAAACGGUCGAUGAAAUCUUCACCCGCGUUCGACGGAUAUAAAACGGACGAGCAAAAAAACUCUUACCGCGCGAAAGUGUGAAGAACCCGUGCAGGGAGUUUUCAUAUUUUGCCUCCCCAGUGGAAGUCGUCUUCAAACGGUCGAUUUCCUCCAACAAGUUCUCGCCAGCUAUGAGUUUCCGAUUGUCACGCGACGAGUCGUGUCGAUAGUCUGGGGUUUGAGCUAUUCCGUAUCUCUUAUUCCGAGCCACAGCGGCACAGUUUCGGUAUGAAGCUAUAAAUCUUCAGACAUGAAUGGUUUUGGAAAUUGAAAAUGUACCACAUUAGUACGACACACUACCGGCACGGAAAUACACAUGUUUCCGGGACUUACCUAAUCGGGAAAUGGGAUUUAUUGUUUAUUAUACAAAUAUGAAUGUAAAAUCUCCAAUUGUUGAAAUUUACUCUUGCAGGUACGUCUCUGCUAAUUCUGGGUUUCACUGCAGUAUUGAGAGCCUACUUGGAUCUUCGUUCGAUUCACCCCGGAAGCAUCUCAUUAAUCAACCGACUAGCUUCUUCUACGGACCCUUUUACCCUGCCUUGUUGCCGUCUCCAUUCCGAUGGUGGUCGUUUUCCAAAAAACAAGCACAAUUUAUGGGCCAAUCAAUUGUCCCACGGUUCGAUUUCGGUUCGAUUGACAGUGGGUAGAUUCAAAUUUUGAUCCAUGCUUUUCUUCGUCUUUUUCUUCCCAAUACCCCUUUUCAAGAACCCCCCCGGGGGAAAAGGGAUUUUCGUUUGAUUGAGUUAAGGUCUUGGGGAAAAUAAAUCACAUACCAAUAAACCCCGCACUCUCUCUCCCCCCCUCCACUCUCAUUUCCCGAUGUAAUGCUUUUGUUUCUUUACCGCCUUACAAUCUAUGCAAACUUAACGGCAUGUUUACUUUUGCGCCCCCACACUACGGGGAAGGAGUCACUGCCCCCCUGCUUAUGCCGCCAAACGAAGACACGCUUUUCACCAACGUGACGGCGCACGUGGUCGUUGCUUUCGUUGCUUUUUGGUGGAAGUUCUGAAAGGGGUUUGAGUUAUGUAUCCUCCCCCUCUUCCGUUGGAUAGAGUUUUCGGUGGCAAAGACUCUGCUGCUUUCUCCAAACUUUGCAGUCUGAUUAUGGAACUCGGUGAGACAACACUAGGAACAUUCGGGGAUUCACAUAAAGUAGUGUAGAUCUUCUGGAGAUGAUUGAAAUGAACGAAUUCUCACGUCUGCUUCUGCGGGAAGCGCGCAAAGAGUAUCAGCUUAUCCUCGGACGUUGCAAUGAGUUUGUAUCUUCCUCAGGCUUCGAGUACGUCAUCCAGCGCCCUCCCCAGGCAAGGAUCUUCUUCGGUUCCGGCAUCGAGCGGGAAACGGUACCCCUGCGAGGUCCGGCCCUGAGUUCGCUGAUGCGCCGCCGUCAACCGGAACUGCUGGGAGAGAAUCUUGCACCGGGAGCGCACAACAUCGGGUACGACCCGGGGACACCCGAGGACCAUCCGGCACUGCGAAAGCCCAUCAGCCGUAAAGGGUACGGGCCGCUCGUUGCCAACAGUGUGCGGUUUAACUUUGAGGAAGUGAGCAACAGCCCGGGCGUGGGGGAUUACGAGCUAGUGAAGAAGCAGUCGAAACCAAAGCAGAUGGCCAAACCGUUCGGGAGUGGAACGGAUGAGCGUACCAAGGAUCGUUCGCUUGCCUAUCCUGGUGUUGGAACGUAUCUCUUCAAAACGCGCAAAGACAUCCGGAAUCAUUCGUUUGGUGGUACCAUCAAAAUUAUGCCCGCCGCAAGGACGCUCUGCAAGACGGAAAACUUUGACCGAUGUUUGCGGUGCGACGAGCGGCCAGAAGUCGAUUACUGGAAGAAUCUAAGAACGGAGCGAUCGCUUUGCCGGCGCUGUAUGGUGCAGGAGCUUGAGGAUGCACGGUCCUGCUCGAAGCACAAGUCGGAGCAGAAGAAACGGUUGGAUGCACUGAACGAGUAUAAGCGUGUUCGGCACUGUGCAUACUAUCACCGGCACGAUAAGACCAGCGCAGCGAUCCAAUUCAUCAGCAACAAGCAGUUGAAGCGAAAGUUCCGGUUAGAAAAUUACCUUUCAAUGUUUGAGUGAGGGGCAGAAGGCGGUAAGCUAAUAAAUUAAGGUAGAGCAACAGUA